AUGUCCCACGAAUACAACAAAGAACUGCGACCUCUCGGUCUACUGGAGCGAUAUUCCACCGCUCGUAGCCAUCUUGGAAUAUACAACAACGUGUGCGUAACCGCCGUUUAUAAAUAUGACAACAGUGGCAACCUCCGACAGAAGCUGUGCAAGGCCGUGGACUUCUUGCUCGGUCAGCAUCCAAUUUUGAGCGCUACGCCGGUGGACAUCCACACCGAGUCUCCGCGUUUUGUUUUGCUGCCAUCCAUUGAUUUCGGGAGACUCGUUACAUUGAGAGAAACUACCACGCCCAUUGCGAGUUCAGAAUUUGAAUUAGAACUGGAAGCUCUUCUUGAAACACAACACAACAAGCCUUUUAAACAUGACGAAAACCUGAGUCCUUUCUGGAGGCUUGAGGUCUGGGACAACAGGGCCAUCUCCCAAAGCUUUCUAGUAUGCCUCUGCUUCCAUCACUCAUUGAUGGACACCAAGAGUGCCCUCGUAUUUCACGAAGAUCUUCAGCAAGCUUUGAAUCAAACGCUCCCGAAAGCCUCUCAACAGAGCGAGCUUCUCCCAUCUUUGGAGUCUGUCUACCAUCUGCCAAUUUCGGAAGCUUUCAAGGAAACUGUGGCUCAGAAUGACCUACCGGCGAAUAUAUGGAGCGGUGCGCCACAGCGUGUACCAGUACAGACCCGCAUUCGACUGUUUUGGGUUUCAGAAAAAGUUGGUGAUACUUUCAGGAGGCGAUGUAAGCGUGAGGGGGCUUCUCUCACUGCCGGUAUCAUGGCUCUUCUUGCGGCUACUUUCUUCAAAGUCCUUCCAGAGCAAUAUGAUACAUUGCAAGGGGACUGCGCCGUGUCUCUGCGUCAUCUCUUGCCGCCUCCCAUUGACGAUCGCUCCUUGGGUUGUUACGUUGGCUCUUUCAGUGAAAAAUACUCUCGAAAAUGCGAAUCAGUUUGGUCUGAUGCAAGAAGGACAAAGGAGACCAUCGACGAGGUUGGAAAUAGGAAAGGGGCAGAUAUGCCCGUUGGCUAUCUACAGCAUGUUUCGGAAGAUAUAUCAGGCUGGCUUUCUGUGAAAGUUGGCAAGAAGCGGGCGGCUGCUUGGGAGUUGAGCAAUGUCGGAGUAGUCAGUGAAGCUCAAAGUGAUGGCCCGAUCGAAUUAGAGCGUGUGCUUUUCAGUCAAAGUGCAAGCGCAUGCUCUGGGGCAGUCAAGGUUAGUGUCGUGACGGGAAGAGACAAGCGGCCUGGUUUCUGCUUCUCAUGGCAAGAGGGAAUUGUCCAGGAGGAUUUGGCUGAGGAGAUUGUGUCCAGUUUCAGAGAGCUGCUCGAGUCCGUGGAUGUAUGA